AAAAAGGCAUCAGGUCAAAGGUCAAACUGCCAAGACAUUAGAAGUCACAGUCCAUGAGACCUAGCUUCGCACAGAAGUUCACUUAGCUGCGCCAUGCCGACAAGCCAAGACAGCUCGUUAGUUUGGCGGUUCACCCCUAAUAGCGGCUAUGCGGAAGUUCUGAAGGCACUGUCUUGAGGGCCAAGGCGGUGCAAUCACGAUGGCCAUGCAUGCACCAGGAGACGUCGAAGAAAGCGGUCUACUGCAUGCUUGCACGGCUGUUGCCCAAUGCAGAUUGGGAUGCUCACUGAUCUGCCCAGAGAAAAGUGAAGUCGAAGGCAGCAAGGUUGUGGCCGUGCCACCUCCUGCGGUGGCACCCAACGCGUGGGUCCCAGCUGCAGGGUGAGAUCUCCUGUAUGUGGCAAGGAUGCCCAUUCGUACUUUUUAGUUUUGGACAUUGCGAAACGUCUGAUUGGACGAGAACAGAAGUCUUGUUGAGGUCUUCGGCAUGGACUCCAUUCGCUUGAUUGAAACAUAGGUAGUGUGAUGGCACCUCUCAAGUUUGGAAGUGGAAGCCCCUCUCCUAUGCCUGUGGCCGGGACACCACAUGCUGUGGCACCCAAUGUUGGAAGUGGAAGCACCUCUCCUGUGCCGCUGGAGGUUGUGGCCGAGACACCACACGCGGUGGCGCCCAACGUUGGAAGUGGAAGCCUCUGUCCUGCGCCAGUGGAGGUUGUGGCGGGCCCCGUGCCAUGAAAGCAUAGUUAUGCUUUUGAGAAGCCACGCAGACAUGGUGAACGGCGAAGGCAAUUCCUUUGUCCGUGCCAUUAUGUGCUUUCCCGGGCUCAUGGCACCUUGGGGAAGCGCUGGCGAAUGCUUGGUGAAGAGUCUGCCCGAAUCAAGUGGAUGAAGGACGCUGCAUCCUGCAUCGAGACGUCAAGCCAUCAAACUUCCUGGCGGUUCUCAACAGUUCUGGUGGCACUGCCGUUCAGCUGGCUGACUUCGGUUCCAGUGUCCGGGUGUGCCUCGGUGCUGCCUGCCAACAGCGCGCCUUCUAUGCAGCCAACGGCUGCUCCACAACAUUCGCUUACGCAGGUCCUGAUGCAACUGGACCGACUCAAUAGAUGCUGCUGAUGUUUGCUAUUGGCAGUAAAAUUUGCAGAACAGAAGCAAAAUCGCUGGGUCCCUCAAAUCUGAAGAUUAAGGCCUCCCACCCUCUUCCUGAAGGCCUGAAAGCGGUCUCCCUUGGCUCCAUACAUUAUCAGGAAAUCAAUCUUCCAAGACCGCUCUGGCAGUGAAGCUUUUGAGUUGGGACCCACAGAGUCGGCCUCUCAGCGAAACUUGUCUGCGGCACCUUCUAACCAAAAAAGGUCGCGCAGAGCGUUGGUGGUCGCAGGGGCGUUUCAAAGAAACGCUUGAUGACAAAGAGAUGUUGGGGGACGAACAGAGUCCGCCGUAAGGCCUCGGCAGCCUCGCAGACUUUGAAGGUCUCGAGCAUGUUGGGGCUGCCAGGCAGGCAGCCUGCACACCGCCUUUGCUGCGCCAUGCUGGCACUGCGUUCCAGGUCCAUACAAUCCACCUUCGUUUUCAACAAUAUCUCCGUAGUGCGUUUUCAAUUCGUCGAGAAGGCCACUCGCGUAAGGCGUUUGGCCCGCAAAGCAGGCCUUGGCCGGGCGGUGGUGUGGCCUAUGGCCCAUGGGCCGCUUGGUCUAAAGGAGAAAAAACGGGGUGCCUUCGCAGAGAGGUCUGAGCAUGAAGAGAUAUGGGUUUGAAAGAAAGACGCGGAGUGAGAGGAACCUGUACCACCCCAAGUAUUCGCGUUCGCAUGGGCUUUUUUGAGGGACAUCUUUGUUAACAACGCUUACAAUUCUGAGUGCUUCGGCCCACGCCAUUGGUGAAGUGUAGCUCCACAACUUUGCUACAAAACUGAGCGCUGUCAUUCCGUGAGCAUGUGGAAAAUUGCAAGGAACAUGUUCUUUCAGAGCAAUGUGCCACAAACUCCGAAAGGAUCCACACCACGACUUUGUAUAGCUUGGACCGGGUUACCAGACCAAAUCCAAGGUUACCAGACCCGGCCAGGUAUGCAGCGUAUGUCUCGGACAUGCUGCCACGGAGUCUGCAAGGUGUCCUUUGCCUUGCUGCAGCGGGAGUGAGAUUGAUUGGCUGAGGGUGUCUGGAAGUCCUAUAUAUGGGAAAGAUGCCCGUUCGUUUUUGCUUGUCAUUGCAAAACGUCGGUUUCAAAUGCCUUUGGAGAGUUGGUCUGUAUCUGUUGGUGACACGUUGAACAGCCUUUGGUUUUCUUGGGGGGAUAUUAAAACCCAUCUUCAAAGGUUCUUCAAUCGUAUUCAUCAAUCCCGCCAUGACAAUGUCUCCAGGGACAUGUCCAGUUCUCACUUUCCAUCCGUUCAUAUCAGUCCUUGACGGCGGCUUCAAUCAGCCUUGACAGUGGUUCAUUCAACGCAGCAAAAAACCCCGUUCUACAUGUUCCUGGAUGGCUAAAUGAAGCUACAGUCGCAAG